AUGGGGGUUGAAUCAGUCUCCUUGCAAGAGCGCCUUGAAAAAUGGGCACAGCGACUACAGAAUAUCACGGUUUCUCCGCUCACCCGGGAUUAUCCCGAGAACCAGACGCCAGAGCUCACGAAGAGAGCAAUUGAAGCAUACGAAUCCCUCAAGGUCCCGGACGAUGUGCAAGAGGCUGUCCAGAAACUCUCUGGAUCCUCAGGCUCUGUCUUCACCCUUUUCUUGACUGCCUACUUCAUUCUCGUUGCUCGUUUGACCGGAGAUGAAGAUAUCGCCAUUGCUACCAGCUCUGCGGAUGAUGGCCGGCCGUUUGUCAUCAGGGUUCCAAUUGACUCCGCGGAGUCCUUUUCCCAGCUUCAUGCUAAAGUAGAGAAGACAUUUAAUGAAGGCGCUGCCGACGUUGUGCCUUUAAACAGCCUGCGGUCCUACAUUCAGCAGAAGACCAAGUCAGAAAGACAGCCUAUCCUUUUCCGCUUUGCUGCCUACGAUGCUCCAGCUGCUUCGCAAGAUUACCCGGCGAAUACCUUUGAGACAACUGACUUGGUUAUCAAUAUUGCAACGGGCAAGUCAUCAACCGAAUUUGGGGCAUAUUAUAACCAGAGGCUCUUAUCGAGCUCCCGAAUUGCCAUAAUUCUAAAGCAACUUGUACAGCUGGCUGGGAAUGCUGCUUCGAGCCCAAAUGCAGCAAUCGGCAGGCUCGAUUUCAUGACACCGGAUCAACGGAAACUCCUCCCGGACCCAACAUCGAACCUGAAUUGGUCUAAGUUCCGCGGUGCUAUUCAUGACAUCUUUGUUGAGAAUGCCGAGAAGCAUCCAGAUAGGCUAUGUGUGGUGGAGACCAAGUCAUCAAUUUCUCCCCGUCGAGAAUUCACCUACAGACAGAUCAAUGAGGCAUCGAACAUCUUAGCGCACCAUUUGGUGCAGUCUGGAAUCCAAAGAGGGGAGGUGGUUAUGUCCUACGCUUACCGAGGCGUUGACCUUGUAGUGGCCGUUAUGGGUAUAUUGAAGGCCGGUGCCACUUUCUCUGUAAUUGACCCGGCAUAUCCUCCGGAGAGACAAAAUAUCUAUCUCGACGUUGCCCGACCCCGAGCACUUGUCAUUAUUGAAAAAGCUACUAAAGACGCUGGUGAACUUUCACAAAAGGUUCGUUCCUUUAUUGACGAGAAUCUGCAGCUACGGACUGAAAUUCCGGCUCUUCGGCUUUGCGAUGACGGUACUCUCCUUGGAGGUUCAGUUAAUGGCCGUGAUGUCUUCGCUGACCAGGUGCCCUUGAAAUCCAAAUCUGUUGGGGUUGUCGUUGGUCCGGACUCGACCCCUACUCUUUCAUUCACCUCGGGCUCUGAAGGAAGGCCCAAAGGUGUAAGGGGCCGUCACUUUUCCCUCGCUUAUUACUUCCCGUGGAUGUCGGAAACUUUCAAUCUCUCGGAGAACGAUAGAUUCACAAUGCUCAGCGGAAUUGCCCAUGAUCCUAUUCAAAGGGAUAUUUUUACUCCUCUGUUUUUGGGCGCUCAGCUGCUAGUCCCAGCUCGUGAGGAUAUUCAGAAUGAAAAACUUGCCGAAUGGAUGCGGCAAUACGGAGCCACCGUCACCCAUCUAACCCCUGCUAUGGGUCAGAUUUUGGUGGGUGGCGCAUCUGCCCACUUCCCCACUCUUCACCAUGCUUUCUUCGUUGGUGAUAUUUUGAUCAAAAGAGAUUGCCGGUCUCUCCAGGCAUUGGCGCCAAACGUCAACAUCGUCAACAUGUAUGGCACGACGGAGACUCAACGUGCCGUCAGCUAUUAUGAAAUUCCCAGCUACUCCAAGCAAGAAGGCUACCUGGAUACAAUGAAGGAUGUUAUUCCGGCUGGUCGGGGAAUGGUGGAUGUGCAACUUUUAGUUGUCAAUCGCUUCGAUCCCAGCCGCAUCUGCGCAGUUGGAGAAGUGGGUGAGAUCUACGUCCGUGCGGCUGGUCUCGCCGAAGGUUAUCUGAACAAUGCAGAGUUAAAUGAAAAGAAAUUCCUCAAGAAUUGGUUUGUGGAUCCGCAGACAUGGGUGGAAAAGGAAAAGGCUGAAUCUGCUGGUGCAAAUGAACCAUGGAGACAGUUCUAUUUUGGUCCAAGAGAUAGGCUGUACCGCAGUGGAGAUCUGGGUAGAUAUACACCAUCCGGAGAUGUGGAGUGUUCCGGGCGUGCAGAUGAUCAGGUCAAGAUUCGUGGAUUCCGAAUUGAGCUUGGAGAGAUUGACACGCAUCUUUCGCGGCAUCCUCUGAUCCGAGAAAACGUUACGCUGGUGCGCAGAGAUAAGUUCGAGGAGCCGACUCUAGUCAGCUACUUUGUGCCGAAUAUGAACAAGUGGGCUGCCUGGCUGGAGAGCAAGGACCUUCAGGAUGAUGACUCUGCUGAAGGAAUGGUUGGCAUGCUUAGACGGUUCAAACCUCUACGUGACGAUGCUCGCGAGCAUCUGCGAAGCAAACUACCUGCAUAUGCAGUUCCUACGGUUUAUAUUCCCUUAAAGAGGAUGCCCCUCAACCCGAAUGGCAAGAUCGACAAGCCUGCUCUGCCUUUCCCGGAUACAGCAGAACUCAGCGCGGCAGCACCCCGACGCAGGUCGUCCGCAUUCCAGACUCUCUCUGAGACAGAGCAGGCUCUGGCUCAAAUCUGGGCCAAACUUAUUCCCAAUGUUACUUCUAAGAUGAUUGGGCCAGAAGAUUCUUUCUUCGAUCUUGGUGGGCACAGUAUCCUUGCGCAACAGAUGUUUUUCGAUAUCAGGCGCAAGUGGCAUGGACUGGACAUCAGCAUGAAUGCAAUUUUCCGCAGCCCAACUCUCAAGGGCUUUGCCACCGAGAUCGAUAGAUUGUUGGAUAUUGAGUCGUUUGCUAGCAACGGUGGCGAUACAAGCACCGCUGGGACUGCGCCUACGAUCAAUGAGCCAGACGAUCAAUACUCCAAGGAUGCUAGGAAACUGGUAGAAGUCCUGCCCAAGACAUUCCCUGAGAGAAAGGUGUCCAUUCUUUCCGGAGAGCCGACCGUCUUCCUUACCGGAGCGACUGGUUUCCUAGGCGCGCAUAUUCUUCGUGAUCUCCUCAUGCGCACCUCCCCUCCCGUCAAGGUUGUGGCAUUAGUUCGGGGUAAGACGCUGGAACAGGCGCUGGAUCGCGUCCGGUCUACUUGUAAGGCGUAUGGUUUCUGGGAUGACAGCUGGACCAGAAGACUGCAGUGUGUCUGCGGUAGUUUAGGAGACCGGCAGUUUGGCUUAUCUCAAUCAGAAUGGGAUGACUUGACCAACCGUGUCGAUGUUGUGAUCCACAACGGAGCUAUGGUGCACUGGGUGUAUCCCUACUCAACUUUGAAGCCAGCAAAUGUUCUUGGCACCAUUGACACACUGAAUCUCUGCGCGAGUGGAAAGCCGAAGCAGUACGCAUUUGUCAGUUCUACGAGUGUUCUAGACAAUGACCACUACGUCGAUGAGUCUGAACGGAUCGUCUCUGCCGGUGGGGCUGGCAUCAGCGAAGAAGACGACCUCGAAGGCAGCAGUGUCGGUCUGGGAACCGGCUAUGGCCAGAGCAAAUGGGUGGGAGAGUUCCUCGUUAGAGAAGCGGGACGAAGAGGCCUGAAGGGUACCAUCGUUCGCCCCGGAUAUGUCCUGGGUGAUUCAAUCACAGGAACGACGAACACGGAUGAUUUCCUCAUCCGCUUGAUCAAGGGAUGCAUCCAGCUCUCUGCUCGGCCGAACAUCAACAACACCGUCAACAUGGUUCCUGUCGACCACGUCGCCAGAGUUGUCAUUGCCGGUGCCUUUUACCCUCCCUGCCAGCCGAUUGGUGUCGCCCAAGUUACUGGCCAUCCGCGUCUCAGGUUCAACCAAUUCCUGGGCGCUCUGCAGUCAUACGGCUAUAACGUCCCCCAGGUUGACUACAUCCCGUGGUCAAGGUUACUUGAGCAGUACGUUAAUGACAAUCAUGAUGCUGAUGAUAAGGAUUCUCAACACGCACUUAUGCCUCUGUACCACUUCGUGACUGCUGAUCUCCCAUCCAACACCAAAGCACCCGAACUGGACGACACCAACGCCGCGGCAGCUCUCCGAGCAGACAAAGCCUGGUCUGGAGUUGAUGCUUCAGCUGGCUCCGGGGUAACAGAGGAGCUGGUCGGGCUCUACGUGUCGUACCUGGUGACUCUGGGAUUCUUACCGGCGCCGUCCGCCUCUACGACCGCUACGCGGGUGUUGCCCAAGGUACAGAUUAGCGAAGAGCAGAGGAAGGCUUUGUCGAGCGCCGGCGGACGAGGAGGGAGUUCGUAA